UUUACACACAAAAAAGGCACCAAACACACGAGAACGGCGCUGUUCUGUACGUGUGGUGGAUGGAGCGGUGAAUUCGUGCGGCAAGGGUAGCAUCUACUAUUUCUUUCCCCAACUCAAACCCUAAUUGUCCCCCAUGGCUGCAACUCGAUCUCUCACCUUUCCCGCCGUUCAUUGUCUCUCCUCCUCCACCAGCACCACCACCACCAACACUCUCAGAGCUUAUGUACCCACUUGCCCCUUCCAGCGCUCCAACUUCUUCAAACCCAAUUCGCUUCACUACUCCACGCUCAAACCCUCUAGAUUAAGUGUUUUUCACAAGAUAGGUAUAGUACCAACCCAUGUGUUUCGGGUGCCAAUACUCUGUUGUUUGGCCGAUAACCAUGUCGAAUCGGUACCAUCGGAAUCGGCCCCGACCUCUGCUACUGAUGAUUUAAAGGAGGCAACUAUUGACUUAAAGCUUCCAAGAAGAAGCUUGUUAUUACAUUUCACUUGUAAUGCAUGUGGCGAAAGAUCAAAGAAGCUCAUAAAUAGAGUAGCCUAUGAACGGGGUACUGUUUUCGUACAGUGUGCAGGCUGUCAGCAGCAUCAUAAGUUAAUUGACAAUCUCGGGCUGGUGGUUGAGUAUGAUUUCCGGGAGGAGAGUGGGAUGGACUCAAAUGCAGAUCAAGUUUGACAAAUGUCAACUAUGGAACAGAUUGGUCUUUUAUCUCAUGAGGAGAGGAGGCAAGAGUUUUUGAAAUGAUAAUCAAUGUGUGACAAUGUAAAUAGCAUCUUUGAUCAUUUUUGGUACAUUCUUUCCAUUGCCUAUGAAAGGAUAAAUGAAUUUCUUUGUCGGA